UCAAACCUUCCAUCCUGUGCGCUGCCUCCUCACAGACAAUCACACAGACUCACAGACUUUUAAUGAGACGAGACGAGAAGAGCAGCACCGUGCCAAGCUACCGGAUAUGCGCACAAGAAUGCAAAAGAAAAGUGUGUUUGUGCCUCUAGUGAUUUUUGCGCCGGAUAAAUUUCACUCAUGUGGGAGAGUUUCCUCUGCUCGGGACUUUGAUUUGGUUUGAUGGGCGCGCACACGCUUGGAUUUCUGCUGAUAACAACGGGGGCUGGAACGAGCGCAUGAAGUGAGGAGUUUUUCAUCCUCAGCUCCAGAGGGUUCACCAGGUUUGACUUGAGGUCUGUGAAGCUGCACAUUUCUACCGAGCCGAACCAAAUGCUGAGGGAGAGAUGCAUCUGGGCAAGGCGUUACUGUUUGUCCUCCUCCUCAACUGCGCAGCUUUGAGCUCGUCCCUGUCGACUUGUGCCACCGUGGAUAUUGACCAUGUGAAGAGGAAGAGGGUCGAGGCGAUACGGGGUCAGAUCCUGAGCAAACUGCGGCUGACGAGUCCUCCGCACUCCCUCGGACCGAAUAAAAUCCCAUAUCAGAUCCAGGCGUUGUAUAACAGCACCAAGGAGCUACUGGAGGAGCUCGGGAGGGACCGGCAGCAGAGUUGCGGUCAGGACAACACCGAGACAGAGUACUACGCCAAAGAGAUAUACAAAUUCAACAUGGUCUACAGACCGCCAGAGAGUAACGAUGUGCUCUAUUGCCUCAAGGGCAUCACCUCUAAGGUUUUCCGCUUCAACAUCUCCGCCAUGGAAAGGAACUCGACCAACCUCUUCAGAGCGGAGUUUCGAGCUCUGCGGAUGCCAAACUCCAGCGCCAAGAGGAAUGAACAGCGGAUUGAGCUCUACCAGAUUGUGAGGCCAAAUGAACACAUCAGAAAACAACGCUACAUCGCAGCCAAGAAUGUGCUGACCAAGGGUACUCCAGAAUGGGUCUCCUUCGAUGUGACUGACACAGUGCGGGAGUGGCUAAUGAACAGAGGAAGUAAUUUAGGCCUGGAAAUCAGUGUGCACUGCCCCUGCCACACGUUCAACCCAAAUGGGGACAUCAUUGACAAUGAGCACGAGGUGCUGGAGGUGAAGUUCAGAGGCGUAGAUGAGGAGCAAAGCCGCUUGGAUCUGGAUCAGCUGAAGAAGCAGUACCUUCCUCACCUCAUCCUCAUGAUGAUCCCGCCCCACCGCCUGGACACUCAGCACAGUCGCCGACGCAAGAGAGCACUGGACACAAACUACUGUUUCUCGAACACGGAGGAGAGCUGCUGUGUUCGCAAACUCCACAUUGAUUUCCGACGUGACCUGGACUGGAAGUGGAUCCAUGAGCCCAGUGGUUACGACGCCAACUACUGCUCUGGGCCCUGCCCUUACCUGAGGAGCUCCGAUACGACACACAGCUCGCUCCUGAGCCUGUACAACACCCUGAAUCCGGAGGCCUCGGCUGCCCCCUGCUGUGUUCCUCAAGACCUGGAACCUCUCACUAUACUCUACUACUCCGGACGGACCCCGAAAGUGGAGCAGCUCUCCAACAUGAUUGUCAAGUCUUGCAAGUGUAGCUGAGAAGACACUGAACGGCGAGGUAGAGUGGCACCCUUUCUACUCGGUACUGACCAAACCCAUGUGCUCCUUUGAACUCUUAGCUGUGACAAAUACUUAAAAAGACCCUGUGGACUUGUGGCUUAGAUCUGGAAGGUCACACUUUUUCUUUUUUUUCCUAAGGAUACAGUUUUUCUUAAAACCGGGGCUCAUCUUUUUACUUGUUUGGUAUUUUUUCCCCCACCCCCUCAGUCUGUUCUUAGUUACGAGUAGCUAUUUUGAUUUUAAAAAGGUGCAACCCAAACCAAACGUAGUCUGACAAGGUUUGAUCUCCAAAAUAUUUCUGUCUAGGUUUGUGACAAUGGACAGAACGCUCUUAAAGCUAGAUGACAGAGUCCUGUACGAAUGGGAGAGACUUGCUCUGUGCUAUAUUUUCUACUUCAGAGCUCAAGCAAAUGUUCCACAAAGUCCAAGUCUACCCUUUCAGUAGAGAAGCGUUUGUGUGUCUUGCCCCGGAGCAGCAUCUUUAAUAGUCACAAAUGUAGACGCCACUCUUCUGAACGGUCCUUUCUGACUGGAUUCCUCCCUUGAACUUGCCUUAAGCUCCCUUUCCUUCAAACAGUGGGCAUUAUCUUCAAUCACAAAAGGAGAAAGGACAGACUUGCUGCUGUAUCCAAAGCCAUAGCUGUGGUCAGGGAAAAGGAGAGCCGAAAGAGAAUGCCUGUUGGAUUUGCAAUGGAAAGUGAAUGAACAAAGAAGUUGAGCCAAGCUUUUCUUUUUUUGGCCAGCCAGCAGCAGUGGCCCUUUUUUUUUGGUGCAUCUAAUAGAAUGGGUAGAAGAGGAAGAAGAAAGAGAAGGAGAAGAAGAAGAAGAAGGAAGAGGAGGAGAAGAAGAGGGGACCUGUAUGCAAGGGAAGAACUCCCAUGGAAGCAAGCCAUGAGCUCUCUGACUGCCACUCACUGGAAGUUUUCAUCCCUAACAGGUUCAAAUUAUUUUUGUGACUUCAAAGAGUAUACUGGAAAAGUACAAGUCUUACGCAACAGUUUUUUUGUUUUUAAUGGGAUUUCUUUUACAUUAAUAGCAGAUUUUGGUCUGUUAUGUAACUUGUCAUAUAGUGAUUUUUUUUCACUAACUGGGAUGAAAUUUGACGUAUCUCCAUUGGUGGAAACACACUUAUAUUAAACCCAGAGUGCUGAUGCAUUUCCUUGAGAUGUAAAAAGGGAAGGGAACUUUUCUAAAUGUUUUUUGUCUUGUGCAUAAAAAUAACCUAAUUAUUUUUGACCUGUUGUAUUUGAUUAAGUUUAUGUUGGACGAAAAUCAUGUUGUGUUAAAAGUUGACUGUUCCCAGAAAAGUACAUUAGAGCACUUUUCUCCUGCAAUAACAGGACAUUUAAAGAAAUUUAAAAUACAGCUGUUUUAUUUCUUCCAUUUUCAAUCAUGCUAUCCUACCACUAGAGAUGUUCCGAUACCAGCGUCGCAAAUGCCUCCGAUACCGACCAAAAUGUAAGAGUUGGAUAUCGGCGAGUAUGCAAUUCUAUGUAUAUCGAUCCGAUAAAACGUUUUUAAAGUUUUGUGGUUUCACUCAACUGUUCAACCACAGGUAUUGUCGCAUUAGCCAGAGCUAGCUAAGAUGUCUGCAAAGUAAAAUAGAUACAUGUAUGUGUGACUUCAGUUUCAAGGUGUGGCACUUAUGUAGCCAAUUACAGAACUUAUGACCAAUUAUCCAACAAUGAUAGCAAUCAGCACUUCCAUAGAGGGUAUGAAGCGUACAGCUGUUAAAAUAAAAUACACAAUUUUUUUUUUUCAUUCACUGGUAUCAGAUUGUUGCUUGUUAUUGGAAUCUGUGAGGGUACAACGGAUAUCAGAACAUCUCCACCAAUCAAUCACCUGUCAGCUUUCAGCCACACCAGCUGACAAGCAUGUGCACGUGCAGUCAGGACUCCCGUGUUCAUAAAACACUGCACUCUUUCAUUCCCUCUGCUCCGUCUCUGUUUGUUUUGGUGCUAUUUUACAGUGUGUGGCCCAAAUGGAACAACAGAACGAAGCAGGCGGGGGAACCAGGCAGUAACGUGACAGUUGCUUGGUGAACACUUAGACCUCCUCGUUCUCCGAGUCAGGAGAGUGAUUCUGAAUCCCUGUGCCCUUUGACACUGACCCCGUCAGAGUUAUCUGUUCUUUAGGUGACAUUUAUGUGAUGUUUUUUUUGCAGAAAUAUUGUUUUUGUUUGAGUUGUUGAUGAUAAUGGUUAUUAAAAACACAACAUGCAAAAACCGUUGCGAGCCCUUCUAAAGCCACAAGAAUCAGACACAAAAGCAAUCAAAUGUAAUGGAUCUGUGAAACCACUUAACUCCAAAUUAGGGAAUGAUGAAUUUACCCACUGGUCUUGUCUGCCGUAUUGAAAUUCCAUUUAAAACACUAUUUUCUCAUAAUGUUUUGGUUCCAUAUGAACAUAAUUUCUCUUACUUGAAUCUCACCAGUCCCACCUGUUUCCUGCAGGCGCAUGCAGAGGCCCCUUUUUUUCUACCGGAGUAAUAAAUUCAACUUCUCCUUCUCUGGAAUUGUCGCUUAACAGCUUUCCCAGGCGAAAAGCAAUUACUCUUAUUUUCGGAGCAUAUUAAUGUGCAGACAUCUCUUUAUUUUCUUAUUUUUCACGAAAUGGUUCACAUAAAUCAAGCCUCAACCUGAGAAAUGGAUUACACAUCUUGAUACCACCUUCCAGGUGUUAUUCGUCCUCCAGUAUGACCCCGGCUACGUCCUUGAAUUCAAAGGGAGUACAACUCCAAUGUUCAGUUUGACCUUUGACCUUUUGGAAAAGAGCUGCACAGCACCUGGACCGUAAUGAGUUUAUUAUUGCCUGUAUUUAAAAAUGUCUGAAAAUAGCUGGACUGUAGAACCAUAAAAUCUUAUUGAUGUGUU